GGGGGCCAGUGUGAGAGUGAACGUCAGUGAGGAAGGUUGUGAUUUCUCUCUCUCUUCCCGCAAGGACGUGUGGCAGGGCGGAAGGGCGCGACAAGGAGGCAGGGAGGCAGGCCGGCAGGAUGGGCAAGCAAGGGCAGGCCGGAGGUACCCUUGUGUCCUGCGUCAAGUCUAUGCUUAUGACCUUCAAUGUCUUGUUCUGGAUCCUUGGGGCUUUGGUGCUGGCGGCGGGCAUCCUGGUGAAGGUGGAGAUUUACAAAUACGUGGAGGUGUCACAUGAGUUCUCGGCAACGGCCCCGUACGUCUUCGUGGGCACCGGAGGCUUCAUGCUGCUGCUGGGGCUGUUGGCGUGUUGCUGUACGGCUAAGGGACAGCCCGUGCUUCUGUAUAUUUACGCCGCCUUCCUGCUGGUGAUCCUGGUCAUCCUGGUGGGCUCGGGGAUCAGCACGUGGGCCUUCAGGAAGCACCUCAAGACUGGCUAUGAAGACGGCCUAACGCGCGCCCUCACCGACUACGAGAGGAAUCCGACCGUGAUGAGCGCCGUGAACACCCUGCAGAUCAUGCUGUCGUGUUGCGGGAUCCAGAACUCCAGCGAUUGGGUGGCGAUGCCCUACGGUCAGAGCCACGACCCACCCCAGCCCCCCUCCUGCUGCAGGGAGACCCGGGACUCUGUGUGUGUAGCCCUUCACCCGCAGGGUUGUUACUCCACCGUGGUUCAGUUCCUCGAGGGCAGCACAAGUAUCCUGCUCAUCGUCGCCCUCAGCAUCGCCGGGUUCCAGUUCUUCGGCGUGGUCCUUGCCUGCUGCCUCGCCCGCGGGAUCAACAAAGCCAAAUACGAGCAAGUCUGAGGACGCGCCCCGCUCCCCCGCCCACUGCCCCCACCCUCGGACGGCCAGUACGCCCACGCCUACACCCACCCCGCGCGCCCGCCCACCCACGCCACCAUUGGGAGGAGCCUGUCGGGGGGUGCGCGGUCCCUCCCUCGCCCCGCCGUCCGCCCAACCCCUCCCGAGACCUCCUUUCAUGUGUGAGGUUGCGCUACUUCCCCCGAAUCCCCCAGACUUGCUCCUAACCACCCCCAGGAGCCUCCAGUGUUCCCCAGGACCCUCCAGCCGCCCCCAGACCUGCUCCCAGUGCCCCGAGUCAAGCCCCAGGGUCCAAAUCCAUCCCCUGUUCAACCUAGACCGAAGGGGAGGAGACGGCACCACUGAGGCACCCCACCCGAGGCAUUAUAUCGGUGCUGGGGAGGAGCUGGGGAGGAAUGGGUACUGGGGAGCGGUGGGAGGGAUGGGGUAUGCUGGGGAAGGCUGGGGGUUGGGGGAAGGAGACAUGGGGUGAUGGGUAAGGCUGGGGGGUUGGGGGAAGAUGUGAAAAUAGGGCGUUUUGGGUGGUGGGGGAAAUGUGGAGGGAGUGGGGUAAGAGGGAAGGGGUGGGAGGGAGUGGGAUUGAAAGGGUAGAGGGUGAUAAGUGAUGGGGAUGGAAUGGGGGAGGUCGUAGAUGGGUGAUAAAUGAGAGAUGGAAAAUAUGGCAAUAGGAACGAAGGUAAAAAUAAAAAAAAGUUAGAAGUGAAUUAGUCAGAUUAGGAAGGGAGGGAAAAAUGGGAGGAAGGGAGGGGAAUGAGAGGGAGGGAGGGAGGGAGGGAGAGGAGGGGAAGGAUAAAAGACAAUACAUAAUAAGUCUUGAUGCAAAAUGACAAAUAAACUGUUUUAAUGUAAAUACUGAAAUGCCUGUUAACGUGUGUGUGUGUGUGUGUGUGUGUGUGUGUGUGUGUGUGUGUGU